CGCUCCGGUUGCCCCAGCUCCCAGACUGCCCCUGCUUCUCCGUCUCCCUCAUCCAGCUGAUCUUGCUGAUCAUGUAAUGAUUAUCAUGCAAGCGUGAGUAAGGAGUUUUCUUCGGUGGGGUUCAUGGUCAAGCCGGGUGACAAGUGGGAAAUUAAAAUUAAGAACGAGGACGAGCAUGUUGCUGCAGAAUUUUUAGAUAUCCGCAGAGAGGCGAGCGGUGAUAACGCGCAGCGAUAAGAGAUCCUCUCUGUUGUCGUCAAGUUGCUAUGAUAAGAUGUCCAACACGCUUACGCCGUUUGUGUACUGGGCCCAGACCGAGGGCCAGGUCACGCUGAAAGUAGACCUGACCGACGUAAAAGAUCUUAAUGUCAAUCUGAAGGAAACUACAUUGCAAGUUACAGCCUAUGGACAGGGAGCUAGAGGACUGAACAAUUACAGCUUUGAUCUAAAUCUUCACUCACCUAUCGAUCCAAAUGAGAGCAAUUACAAAGUAAUCGAUCGUCAGGUGGACUUCGUCUUGAUAAAGAAGUGUAAUGGUUGGUGGCCGAGAUUAACGAGCCAGCCACAGAAACCCUCCUGGCUCAAGAUCGAUUUCGACAAAUGGAAGAGCGAAGAUAUGGACGACAAUGAGGAAGAGAAGCGUGACAUUCUUAACGAUUAUCCGGACAUGUAUGAUAAACUGCACAAAGAAGAAUUUGGUUACAGGAAAGAGGAUUUCACCAAAGUGUAUCUAGUCAUAUAUAAUCUUUGUCAAUUUGUCGGUUUCAUUUAUGUGCUCGCUGUGAUGGCUGUACGAUAUUCGCGCGACGGGCCAGAUUCCAUGAAAGAUACGUACGAGGCGGUUGGCCAUCCAUUCAAGUUCAUACAACUUUUACAAUUUUUGGAGGUGAUGCACCCUCUAUUCGGAUACACGAAGAGCAGCGUGCUGGUGUCUCUGCUACAAACGAGCGGUAGAGGUUUCGUGCUGUUCUUCAUGGUCGACGCCGAGCCUCGUAUGCAAACCAAGCCCGUCGUUUUCUACCUGUUUCUCAUAUGGAGCUCGGUGGAGAUAGUGAGAUAUCCAUACUACAUCACGCAAUUGCUGAACAUUGAGAUAUCCUUCCUAACGUGGCUGAGAUACUCGAUUUGGAUACCGUUGUACCCGUUGGGCUUCGUAUGCGAGAGUAUCAUAAUGCUACGAAACAUUCCGUAUUUCGAGGAGACUCAAAAGUUCACCAUCUCUUUACCGAACAGUUACAAUUUCGCUCUUCACUUUCCGUCUCUCAUAAGACUUUACUUACUCUUCCUACUCCUGCCCGGAAUAUACACGGUAAUGUUACGUAUGCAUGAGCUGCGCCAGAAGAAGCUUAGAAAGCCAAAGAUUAAAAAGAAGUACUGCUGAUUUCGCGCGUAUAGGUAAACUCCAGACUCGCGUAUUCCUCUCUUCGCCUACAAUCACCAUUGCGCGGAGAGCAUAAUAAAAGAGAACAAGGUACAUAGAAGGUGUAAGGUGUCCAUUUUAACAUACACAGCUUUCGUAAUAAUGCUGUAAUUAUGUAUAGAUAUUUAUAUAUUUUUAUCGCUAGAUAUAUAUUUCAAAAGCAUUUUUAAUUUUAUGCACUGAUAUGCAUAAACUGAUUUCAUUCCGUGGGUCAAUUGUAUCUAUACAAUUAAAUGCCGUGUAAUGAUAAUACUCGGCACAUUUUCAUUCUGCGUGUGUGCCAUUAUCAGCGAACAGAUAUAGAUAUUAUCUCACUUGACGAUUAUAUAAUAUGAACAUUCGACUGUAUUUCGCAUAAUAAACUGCGUAACCUGCGUAA